GUCGCCGGCCUCGGCGGAGGCGGCGCGGGGUGGAGAGGCGCCCGUGGCCGCGCUGCCCUUUAUAACGCGCCCCGCGCGGACCCCGGCAGCCUGAGUAGAGCCGGUACCCAUCACCCACUCCCCCCGAUCGCCUCCGCAGCGCAACCUCCGCGUCGCCACCGAAGCCUUGCGACCUCCCGCCACCAGCCCUAGGACAUGGCGAUCCCCGUGCUCCCGCGCCUCCUAGCGGCGCUUGUGCCCACCUUUCUCGGCUGCCUCCUUGUCCAGGUGGCCCCGGCUGCAGGUACUCUACAGAAGGCGUUUAAUUUAACUUGGAAGUCAACUAAUUUCAAGACCAUUUUGGAGUGGGAACCCAAACCCAUCGGUUAUGUCUACAUUGUUGAGAUAACCUCUGGAUCUAGAGACUGGAAGAGCAAAUGCUUCUUAACCCAAGACACCGAGUGUGACCUCACAGACGAGAUCAUGCAAGACGUGCACCUGGUCUACCACGCAAGGGUCCUAUCUGUCCCACCAAAUAACACUUACUUUGGGGACGCGCCAUUAGCAAAUGCCCCAGAAUUUUUACCUUACCGAGACACAAAGCUCGGACAACCAGUAAUUCAGCACUUUAAACAAGUUGGCCGAAACCUGAGCGUGACGGUAGAAGACACUCCUACGCUAGUCAGAAGGCAGAAUGGCACAUUCCUCACCCUGCGGGAUGUUUUUGGCAAGGACUUGAGCUAUGGACUUUCUUAUCGGAAAGAGACAAGCACAGGAAUAAAACCAAUCUAUACACACACGAAUGACUUCUUCGUUCAAAUGGAACACGAUGGCAGCUACUGCUUCACUGUCCACGCUCUGAUUCGCUCCAGGAAAGAUAAUCAAAAGAGCCCAGAAAGCAGCACCGAGUGUACCGACCAAUGGGAAAGUAUAAUGGGAGAAACACUCAUCAUUGUGGGAUCAGUGGUGUUCGUGGUCACCAUCUUUAUCAUCCUCCUGUCCAUAUAUCUGUGCAAGCACAGAAAUGGCAGAGCCGGGCAGAAGAGGAAGGAGAACUCCCCGCUGCGCUCAGUAUAGAGGCAGGAGGCUGAGGCUGCUAACUACCACACUCCUUGAACGGCACUGUUACCGAGACCUCUGAUGGGAGCAGAGGACGCGGAGCUUGAAGACCUUGGUUCAGAAAGGCUCCCUCUGUGACCUGCUGUUCCAGCCACCGCUGAUCCCGACACUAGCAUUUGCCACUUUCGAAUGUACUGAAUGGUAUGGACUGGUUAACACUACGGCGUCUUUUGCACAAAUGCUUUAGGCUGUGUAUUAUAUACUACACUCAGGAAGACACUAGGUCAACGGGGGACAGACGCCUUUCAUAUAACCCGGGUGGACUUUUGGGAGAACCUUUGAGAAGCUGAUUUCAUAGGCUACAGGACAGUAAAAGGAAAUUGGAUGGACUUUUCUAAAGCUGUCUUUCUGUAAAGUAGUAGUUGGUUUCUUUUUUCCCCCCUUCUAGGUACUUUUGAAAGUUCAAAGCAAUUGGCAAACUUUCAUAUUAUUGUGUUAAAUGCAGAAUAUUUCUGCUUGGGGCAUCUUUCUGCUAUGUAUUACAAUUUAGCACUUUAACUGACAAUGGUGGGGAUUAAAGAUUUGAUAGCCAACUCUAUUUUUAUAAGACUACUACACAAAGAAACUACAUUGAGUUUUUAUGACUUAAGGUACUUAAAAGUGUCUAUGGUUAACACUGCAUAUAUUUAUAUUAAUUUUAAAGGUGUUAUAUAUGGGAUUUUCUAUGUAUAUAGUUUCUAUUUGUAUAUAUUGAGAUAAUUUAUUUAAUAUACUUUUAUAUAAAUAAAGGUGAUUGGG